AUUCAAAUAUAAAAUUAAUGCUUGGAAAAGACAAUCUGCCGUGCAUGUAGGUAAAACAUUAAAAAAUAAGAAAUAUUAGAUUUAAACUGUUGUUCCAAGAUUCUCACGACAGUUGGGACUAUUUUUUAAUUACAAUUCAGACAAUUCAAGGACUUAUGUUGAACAAGGAAAGAAUCCUGUAACUAUUGGUUACCUUGCUGUUUACAAGACUUGAAAAACAUACCGUAUUAGCUAAAAUGAAUGCAGUUUCCAGGCUUGAAUCCAAAAUAGUUUGCGCGUAAAUGCCGCAAAUAUGGAACAGAAUGAAAACAUUUUGCAACGAAAAGGAAAAAUGGCUCCCGCAAUGCCAAGACCGCCCUCCAGGGUUAGAACAACAGGGAGAGAAACGAUUGAGUUCAGUGUGAGAGGACCACUACCAGUGAACAUAGACGAGGAGCCAGUGACAAUCCCGGGCUGCUCCAUUCUGGACCUUGUGUUCGGGGCGGGAGGUGCAGUGGUGGGGGAAGUGACAUUCCGCAACUACUACACGGCAUCUGUGAGUGUGCUGGUGCGAUGUGCGCCCUCACCUCCCUCCCCUAGUCGGUCAACUGCUGAGUCGGCCGUUUCUUCCAACGCGGCUGGUGAAUGGAGACUAGCGAUCGCUCGGAAGGAGCUGAUGCCGCAGCCGCACUUGGAGCACGGCAGCCACAGUUUGGUGUCCGUGGUGGUCACUGAGAGCACCAUCGACUGGAACUCACUGCUCGCCAUCAGACUUGUGCUCAGACAACCCUCGCCCGUAUGGCGUGUAUUCCACGUGGAGGAGUUGAACGUCUACGCUGACCUGCCACGUCUCUCACUGCUCAAAAGCGACGUUGCCAACUUCACCUUCAACCAGCAGCAGCAGCCGCAACACAACCAACAGCACUACGACAAAAUGCUCAGCCUAGUGCGCCGUCAAACAUUGGCCGCCCUCAGCUGGAUACCCCCCGAACCCCCUCAAGGGGGUGCCACGACCCCCGGGGGAGCGAACGCGCACCCUCCCUACUCCAAGGCCACCUGCGGCUAUGAACUCACUAAGCUGCCGCAGAUUUGAAUCGAUUGCAAGAGAGGUCGAUAAACUGCCUUAAAUUUGGACAGAGUUUCAAAGAGGUUUGUGAAGUUUGGUUAGGAUCUCACUAAGCUGCCACAGAUUUGAAUCAAAUUGCAAGAGAUCUAUCAAACUGGAUAAAUUUGGAUAGAGUUUCAACAAAAUUGUGAAGUUUUGAAAAAUAAAAAGAAUUGGAAAACAAUAAUAAAAGGCGGUAAAUGCAAUUCUACAAUAAGAGCUGCUCAAAUACUAACAAAACGUAGGCUAUCUAAAUAUUUUGUUGUUUUGACAUUAUUAUAGACAUUGAAAAUAUAAUUUGAAAAUUUGAUU